CAAAGAGGGGCGGGGAAAGGCGGGGGCGCUGCAUGCAACGCGCUGGCUCCAGCGGUGUCCGCGGGGAAUGUGACAUCAGCGGCGCCGGGCGCUUGCGGCUGGAGAAGGCAGCUCGCCUCGGCUGCGCGGUGCACACCUCGCCCGGGGGAGGACGCGGACUCGGGCAGACGGCAGGGAUGUCGGCGAAGGAGAGGCCAAAGGGCAAAGUGAUCAAGGACAGCGUGACCCUCUUGCCCUGCUUUUAUUUCGUGGAGUUGCCUAUAUUGGCAUCAUCGGUGGUUAGCCUGUAUUUCCUUGAACUCACGGAUGUCUUCAAACCCGUGCACUCUGGAUUUAGCUGCUAUGACCGGAGUCUUAGCAUGCCCUAUAUUGAACCAACCCAGGAGGCAAUUCCGUUCCUCAUGUUGCUGAGCUUGGCUUUUGCUGGACCUGCAAUUACGAUUAUGGUAGGGGAAGGAAUUCUCUACUGUUGCCUGUCCAAAAGAAGAAAUGGGGUUGGACUGGAGCCCAACAUAAAUGCCGGAGGCUGCAAUUUCAACUCCUUCCUUAGAAGAGCCGUCAGAUUCGUUGGUGUUCAUGUGUUUGGACUGUGCUCUACAGCUCUCAUUACGGAUAUCAUACAGCUCUCCACAGGGUAUCAGGCACCAUAUUUUCUGACUGUGUGCAAGCCAAACUAUACCUCUCUGAAUGUGUCUUGCAAAGAAAAUUCCUACAUUGUAGAAGAUAUUUGCUCAGGAUCUGACCUUACAGUUAUCAACAGUGGCAGAAAAUCAUUCCCUUCUCAACAUGCGACCCUCGCUGCCUUCGCAGCUGUGUACGUUUCGAUGUACUUCAAUUCCACAUUAACGGAUUCCUCUAAGCUUCUCAAACCUCUCUUGGUCUUCACCUUUAUCAUCUGUGGGAUCAUCUGUGGGCUCACCCGAAUAACUCAGUAUAAGAACCACCCAGUUGAUGUCUAUUGUGGCUUUUUAAUAGGAGGAGGAAUUGCUCUCUACUUGGGCCUGUAUGCUGUGGGGAAUUUUCUGCCUAGCGAUGAGAGUAUGUUUCAGCACAGAGAUGCCCUCAGAUCUCUGACAGACCUCAACCAGGACCCCAGCCGAGUUUUAUCCGCUAAAAAUGGUAGCAGCAGUGAUGGAAUUGCUCACACAGAAGGUAUCCUCAACCGAAACCACAGAGAUGCUAGCUCAUUGACAAAUCUCAAAAGAGCAAAUGCUGAUGUGGAAAUCAUCACUCCACGGAGCCCCAUGGGGAAGGAGAACAUGGUUACCUUUAGCAAUACCCUGCCUAGAGCCAACACUCCAUCCGUAGAAGACCCUGUCAGAAGAAAUGCCUCCAUUCAUGCCUCUAUGGAUUCUGCUCGAUCAAAGCAGCUUCUCACCCAGUGGAAGAAUAAGAAUGAAAGUCGGAAGUUGUCCUUGCAAGUUAUAGAGACUGAGCCUGGACAGUCACCACCCAGAUCCAUAGAAAUGAGGUCAAGCUCAGAGCCCUCCAGGGUGGGGGUGAAUGGAGACCACCAUGCUCCCAGCAAUCAGUACCUCAAAGUACAGCCUGGCACUGUCCCUGGGUGUAACAAUAGCAUGCCUGGGGGACCAAGAGUGUCCAUUCAGUCCCGCCCUGGGUCCUCACAGUUAGUGCACAUCCCCGAGGAGACCCAGGAAAACAUAAGCACCUCUCCCAAAAGCAGCUCUGCUCGAGCCAAAUGGUUGAAAGCUGCCGAGAAGACUGUGGCCUGUAAUAGAAGCAACAGCCAGCCCCGAAUCAUGCAAGUAAUCGCUAUGUCCAAGCAGCAGGGCGUCCUCCAAAGCAGCCCCAAGAACACCGAAGGCAGCACAGUCUCCUGCACGGGCUCCAUCCGCUACAAAACCUUGACAGACCAUGAACCCAGUGGGAUCGUAAGGGUUGAGGCUCACCCAGAGAACAACAGGCCCAUCAUACAGAUCCCAUCCACCGAAGGCGAAGGUAGUGGCUCCUGGAAAUGGAAAGCCCCUGAAAAGGGCAGCCUUCGCCAAACUUAUGAGCUCAACGAUCUCAACAGGGACUCAGAAAGCUGUGAGUCCCUGAAAGACAGUUUUGGUUCUGGAGACCGCAAGAGAAGCAACAUAGAUAACAAUGAGCAUCACCACCAUGGAAUCACCACAAUCCGGGUCACCCCAGUAGAGGGCAGCGAAAUUGGGUCAGAGACGCUGUCCAUUUCCUCCUCCCGCGACUCUACCCUGCGGAGAAAGGGCAACAUUAUCUUAAUCCCUGAAAGAAGUAACAGCCCUGAAAACACUAGAAAUAUCUUCUACAAGGGAACCUCCCCAACACGGGCUUACAAAGAUUGAGUGAUGGCACUCGGCACUUGAGCGACCCUCAAAAGACCACAUCUUGAUUCUACCUGUGCUCUGUUCCAGCAGAUUGAGAAAACUUCUCAUCAAACUGGGUCAUCUACCAUCAGCCCGGAACUCAAUGACUCUUGAGAACUACUACACUCAAGCUUGUAGAUUUCACAUCACGGGGAGGGAAAAGCACAAUGCAGGAACCUAACUAAUGUGAUAUUGUGAAGAAUCUUAAGACCUAUCUUCAAACUCAAAAGGUUUGCAGAAGGCAGUAUCAGAAGAAAGUGGUUUCCUUCAGUGUAUACUAUUUUACUUCCUGAAUGUGUCAACUUUAGGGAUCUUUCUUUAUAAUUAGCUGUGGGAAUCCAGAACACAUGUUUCCCUACAGCAGAGGCCAUGCAGUAUUAUAUAUUCAUUUUGCAGAAUCUGCACCUAGAGCUCAGUAAGGGUGGUGCUGAUUAUUAUAGUACAUAUACGAUGUAAACUCUCAAAUUCUAUUUAGCUGUGAAAUAGUGGUGUGCAAUUCCUUGUCAAAGAAAUGCUACUGUAUUAAGAAGAUGCUGGCUGCUUUGUGUUAGAAUAGGACACCCCGCAGCUUCUCUGUAGUGGCUCUGUCACAGUCAAAAAACGAAAAGGUUUUGUGCAUUUCUUCAAAAUUAUGCUUUGUUCAGCAACAAAAAUUGUGUAGGAAUAUUUUCAGUGAGAGGGAAUAGCUAGUACUUUUCUACAUAGGUUGUUUUUAUUUUGACUGCUUACUUUUUAUUUAAGUAUAGCUACUACUCCUGAUUCUGUUUUUUAGUAAGUAAAUUUGCAGAAUUUUAAAAAUACUUUGUUUUAGCAUCUUUGGAAAUUGUGAUCAUAUUUUGCAUUUUAUGGCUCCUCCUUUAUUUAUUAAUUGGAAAUUUUUUUGAUGUUAUGGAUAUGUUUUUCUAUUUUUAAAGCAAGAAUAACAGUUGACAUUCCUUGAGCAAAAUAUAUUGCUGUGAAUUUAUGAACAAGAAAUCUGAACCAACACUUGACAUUGUGGAUUACAUUGCCAGCAAUGUUGGGUGAGUCUACACUUGGAUGUCUCCAACCAGCUGGCUUUGGUUGCUAUCUUUACAAGUAAUCCAAAAACUUCAUUUUGUUCCAGAUUAUUAUUUUUUAUAUCCUAAUAACCAGUAAAUUAGAACAACAGUUGUUGGGUUUUACCUUCUUCCCUCAGAUAUUUUUGUUCAUUGGACAUCAACAGGAAGAUCUGA